UCUUGCAUCGAGUCCGCACACCUUUCCAAUUCUCGACUGUGUCCCAUCCUGUUGUCUACCAUAGCGGCCUUUAAUCGCCUGUAUAUACGUGUUCACAUCCGGCCAUCAUUCUGCUGCAUACCACAGGCCUGUCAAUCGUCCACCAUGUCCACCCCAAUCUCAAUACCCGACAUUAGCAAGUCGACAGAUUCAACAGACAAGGAAUUGGUCAUUCGUCAAGUGACCCCCGACAUUGUCACCUUCUCGAAACCCUUCAGUCGAUUCGGGAUGAUUGCCAUUGGAGGACGGUCGACGGCCAUUCGCCUGCCCAGCACGGAUAUCUUCAUUUAUGUCUCGACGCCUCAUUCACCAGCCACUGCAGAGACGAUCCGCAAUAUGGGCGGAGAGGUCAAAUGGCUAGUAACUCCGGAUGGAGAGCAUGGCAUGUACAUCGAGGAGUAUACCAAGGCGUAUCCCAAGGCUCAACCUAUUGGCGUCGAACGAUUUGCCAAGAGCAAACCUCAGAUCCAAUGGGCUGGACUUUUUGGAGCUGGCGGAGAGACCAAGCAGUACGGAUUUGAGCCUCACAUCACACUACUUCAAUUCACCGCUCAUCCCAACCAUGAGCUCAUGGCUGUUCACCACCCGUCUAAGACUCUCAUACAAGGCGAUAUGCUUUUCAAUCUGCCUCCAAAGGAGCAGUAUUCUCGCGUUGGAAUGCCUUUCUUUGUCAAGACCGCCGGUCAUAAGAUGAGUCCAGAGGAACAUUUUCACGCUUCAACUAUCAGCAAAUUAGUCAAGGACAAGGCCCUGGCCAAAAGAGAGUUGGAGCCUAUCAACAAGCUCGAGUGGGACAGGAUCAUCCCAUGUCACGGCGACGUCAUUGAGACAGGAGGCAAGGAGGCAUGGGCAAAAGUGUUCAAUCAGUUUGAGUAGAUGGCAAUCGAUGGCGUGAUCAGGUCCAACAGUCAGUCCGUUUGUCACCUUAGCAUGUCCAAUCUAUGUGUAGCCCUAUGCAGAAUGGCCAGUAACUGCCGAGGACUUUUCCACCGCCUCCUUCGAGGCUGAUUUGACAAUGCCAAACAUGUGGACUAGGCCUUGAAGCGAAAAGAUC